AUGAAGCCGCGUGGGGCGAGUGUGAUGCACGCCUUCACUGCUUUAACCAUGCUGACUAUGGCUAACGCCCAAACCACCUGUAACCAAGGGAUGGGAAGGGUUAUGUACGAACGACUACCGAACCAGCAGCUCCACGGAUUCGAUGACGACGUUAUACGAGAAACCGCACCGCCUUUCCGAGUGUUAGAGAAAUGUCAGGAUUUGUGUUUGCGGGAUCGUUCUGGUAACAGUCUUGUAAGGACUUGUAAUUCGAUAGAUUUUCAACCAGGAGCUCGUAUAGCGGCCUUUAGUCCUGAACCGGAGUACGAGGAAUCCACUUGUUAUUUAACAAGGGAACAAGCAGCGCCUGAAGGCAUCGGAACGCUCAUGAUUGUUCCAAAUAGCGUUCACUUCAACGAGAUUUGCUUAACAUCUAAUCGCCCGGAACGUGAAUGUCCAUCACGUCGCUAUGUUUUCGAACGCCACGCUCGUAAACGAUUGAAGCUGCCACCUUCAGAUCUUAAAGAAAUCAUGGUGGCUAAUAGGACUGAGUGUGAGGACAAAUGUUUGGGAGAGUUCAGCUUCGUUUGUAGAUCGGCAACUUACGAUACCGCUUUGAGAACUUGCUCACUAAGCAGAUUCACUAGGAGAACACACCCUGAACUUUUAGAAGAUGACCAUAAUGCAGAUUACUUGGAAAAUACAUGCCUUAACGCUGAACGUCGCUGCGAUGGUUUGGCUGUGUUUAUUAAAGAAGAAAACAAACGGCUCGGUGGACCUUUUGAAGCGGAUGUUUUCUCAAAUAUGACACUUGAUGAGUGCCAGUCUAUGUGUGUUAGAGCGGAGAAAUAUUUUUGCCGUUCUAUCGAACACGACGCCAUGACAAGACAAUGUGUCCUCUCAGAAGAAGAUUCUGUUUCCCAAAAAGACGACGUGACAGUUAGCGCAUCACCCACACACCACUUCUACGAUCUUGUUUGUUUAGAUAAUCUCUCUCAUCGGGUGACAGCUCGCGGGACCGAGUACCCGGACAACAGUGUGACGUCACACCUCUUCUCCCCGGGCCGGCGACCUGACACCGCCUUCCAAAGAUACAGAAACAGCCGCAUCACUGGAGAAUUCCAUUCAGAGAUCACCGGCCGUUCAUUGAGCGAGUGUCUCGAUGAAUGCUUGAGGCAGACUAGCUUUCAAUGCAGGUCAGCGGUAUACAGUGAUCGCGCCAGAACUUGCCGUCUCAGCAGAUAUAACCAAAAAGAUGGAAUGAGACUCCUAUACGAUCCAGAUUUUGAUUACUACGAGAACCUUAUGCAUCAACUAGUUAGUGGAGAAAGCGAGACUGGGGGAACAGGCAGUGGUUCGAAAUCUUCGUGGGGUUCGAAUACAUCAGGUGGUAGUAAUGGCGGCGAUCGUGACAGAUAUCCGCCGGGCGUAGAUCGUGACCGAUAUCCGGAUGACGACCGGUACUAUGAGGACGAUCGGUAUCCGUCACGGCCGGAUAGGUAUCCAGACGACCGAUAUCCAUCCGGCCCGGAUCCUUACCCGGAAAGAUAUCCGGGCGACCGAGACCGGUAUCCAAGCGACAGAUAUCCGGAAGAUAGAUAUCCGGAUGACAGAUAUCCACCUGGUGUCGGACCCGACAGAUUCCCGGAACGAUAUCCACCACCCAUAGACCGCUAUCCACCAGGAGUGGAUAGAUAUCCAAGUAGAUUCCCAGUAGGUGACCGAUACCCGAUCGACGGUGGACGGUUCCCUGUUUUCGAUCCACCAAACGACAUCGGCAGAUAUCCCGCUUCAAAUCGCUACCCUGCCAGCAGAUAUCCGAUCGAUCCGUAUCUUGACCGAUAUCCGGAAAGGGAUCCAGUUGACAGAUACCCGGUUUCCGACAGAGGUCGAUUCCCACGUCCUUGGUCUAACCGGUAUCCUGAGAGGUUCCCACAGGACCGAUAUCCUAGUACUAACGAUUGGGGACGCUAUCCGUUCAGUAGGUACCCAGUGGGGGUAAACCGAGAUCCCAUCCCAUUAGGCGGAGACCGUUACCCAGAUUUGUAUGAUCGAUACCCGCCGACCGGAUCGUCAUACCCUGGCUUCGGACGCGGUGGUUAUUAUGGCUCAGAAUAUCCUGCAGGUGACAGGAUCCCACCUGGUGACAGAUAUCCUGAUAGAGGCGGACGUCCAUUGCCUGAAAGAUUUCCUGUAGAUCCCAGACCACCGAUAGGAGUAAGGAGACCGAUAGAAAGACCAUUAGACAGGCCAGGAGGUUACCGUGGAGGCUAUCCCGCUCCUGGCUUAGAUAGACCUUUAGGUGGUUAUGGUGGAUACGAGCCUGAUGGACCAAUUCCACCACUAGGUGGCCCGGUAAAUGUGCCAAUUGGGGGUGCCAUUGCUCCUAUUGGGGGUCAUAUAGGGGGCCCAUUAGGGUCUCCAUUAGGAGGUCCCAUUGGGGGAAGACCUCCGAUUGGCCAGCGACCUUGGCAAGGAUCUAGAUGUGAAGACGACAGUUUCAGACAAGUUGGUAGGCAACGAAUGCAAAGACGAUUUGUUAGACGUUUCACAACAGCGCAAUCACUGGCCCAUUGCCAGAGAGAAUGUAUCGAAGCUCGAGACUUCAUAUGUCGGUCAUUUAAUUACAGGGAUGUAGGUUUUGGAGUUGAACCACGGGAUAACUGUGAAUUGAGCGAUCGUGAUACUAGAGAGUUGGAUGCAGCGAAUCCAGCACACUUUGACAACACGGCAAACGAAUAUGACUUUUACGAAAGAUCACUUGGACGCAUGAAUGAAGAAUGCUUAGAUGUAUCACAAGUUUGUAAUGAAGAUGGAAUGGAAUUUACUCUUCGAUUGCCAGAAGGGUUCUUCGGUCGUAUGUAUACUUAUGGUUUUUACGAUCGCUGUUUUUUCCGCGGCAAUGGAGGCGUGUCUAAUGUUCUUCGGAUAUCUGGGGCUCACGGUUACCCAGAAUGUGGUACACAGCGAUAUGGAGACACAAUGACUAACAUCGUAGUCGUACAAUUCAGUGAUAAUGUUCAAACUUCAAGAGACAAGCGAUUCAAUUUAACUUGUUUAUUCAGAGGUCCAGCGGAAGCCGUCGUUACUUCCAAUUACAUUGGAGCUGGGUCGGGAAGUCCUAUACCCAUUGAGUAUUUGCCAGAGGAGAGUUCAUUGAACUCCAAAGUGCGUCUUCUCAUCCUCUAUCAAGGGCGUCCAACAACUACUAUAGCGGUGGGCGAUCCUCUUACAUUCAGACUUGAAGCACAAGAUGGAUAUAAUUACGCCACAGACAUAUUCGCCACAAACGUAAUCGCUAGAGAUCCAUAUUCAGGACGAUCUGUGCAACUCAUCGAUAGAACUGGAUGUCCCGUUGACCCGGAUGUCUUCCCUGAACUAGACAAAGGACGUAAUGGAGAUUCUUUGGAAGCUCGUUUCAAUGCUUUCAAGAUACCUGAAUCUAAUUUCCUUGUGUUUGAAGCUACCGUUAGAACAUGUAGAGAUGGAUGCCAGCCUGCAUAUUGCCCAAGUCACUCUGGAAGAUCAGAACCCUCAUUCGGACGUCGUCGUAGAGAUUUAAACUCGACCACAGAAGUUGGCAACAGCACAGAUCUAGUAAAAACAGAUGAUAACACAAAUACAACUGAUAAUAUAAGUGAAACGUCCGUUUACAAAAUAUCUUACGAAGAGGCGUCCGUCGAUAAAUAUUUGAAAAAUGAUGUGGAAACUCCAAGUCAUGUACGGAAGAUGAUUGAAGUGUUCGAUAAUCGCAAUGAGCUAAUAGAAGAGAAUGGUCCUGAUUCGUCUCCUGUAGUGGCGGCAGUGGAACCCUGCGCGUCCCCAGCUCAUCAGCGAAUGCUCCUUGUUGCUUUAUGCACGGUGCUAGCACUCUUAUUGGCUAUACUACUCGCUGCGCUUUAUAUUUACAAGCGCUAUUGGCGUAUAGUUCGUAAGAACAUGUCAGUGACAGCCCCAGUGACGCGUGCCGCGGCUCCCGUUCCUAGACAUACAAGACCCUCUCUCUUCUCUGCUUCACAUUUACAUAAACCGUUUUCUUUAAGUGGUUUGGGCAGAAAUUUCUCAGAAGUGGGCGAAGAAGCCGGUUCAUCUGGACGUCUAGCAACCGCAUUCGACGACGGAAGCGAACCAAUAUAUACAGACCCCUCGCUGUUCGAACGAUCUAGGUCACUCCGGUCCUUACAUUCGCUGGACAUGAAACCCGAGCGUCGUGAACAUCGUGCUUAG